AUGGAGUCCUCUUUGACACUGACUCCGUAUGUCCAGCAGCUGCAGACCUGUCUCCAGUGGAGCCCCACGCAGCAUGGCGACGGAAUCGAGAAGCAGCGGUUUGUCGAGGCUUUGACGACCAUUGCCGCCCUGCCACUGGAUAGUCUCAGUAUGGAGAUUCGCCGGUUACUCGUGGUCUCGGGUGUUGACGCCAGCAGGCAGCAGUCGAGUUUAAACCGAGAGGAGACGACUACAGUGGCAGCAAAUGGUGCACGAAAAGAGCAUUUGGACAACCUCAUUGCUGCACUUAACGCACGUGACGUGCUGCUCAAGUGCAAAGCUGCGAAUGCAGUAGGGUCCUUGAGUAUAUCUCGAGUUGCUGGUCAGCAGCUGCUUGAUUUGUAUGGGGACGAGAUAUUCCAGAGUGUAGCCAAGAUGGCGACCCGAAAGAACCAGUGGGUGCAAGGUGAUGCUUUCUUUGUGCUUGGGUGGAUGGUGGUCAUUGCAGAUGACGCGAUGUUGACGACUAUUGCUGAUCUGCUACCUGCGGUGAUCAAGUGCUUGCAUCGGAAUAUCAACUUGCCGGUAGAAGUCGAGGGUUUAGCUGAUGGAAACGACGAGAUGCGAGGAGAUGCAAGGACACGGCGAUUGAAAGAGAUAGCAGUAUCGUCCGAGAGAGAGUCGAACUUGCGGAUAUAUGCGCUCGUGCUUCUGGUGAAUUUCAGUCAACGACGCGUCGCGGUUUUCGAGACUCAGUUGGACAGACUGCUGCCAAUGUUGAAAGACUUGGUAGUGGAGUUACUUGAGCCCAUGCCGUCUGUAUCCACCCUUGACGAGUCAGCGGCUGCUUCAGAUAUGGCAGAUCAUGGUGCAGUCGAGUACGCAGAAGUUUCGAGACUGGCCAUCACUCUGUUAAGUGUGCUCGUCGAUCAGCUUGGCAGUGUCGCGUCUCAACUUCUGGAGCUCAAGGUGCUGCCUCAUCUACUCAAGUUGAAACGCGUGCUGCAUGCUGCUGAGCUUCAAGAAUUGCUCGGUGGUGAUGGAAGUCAAGACAUUGCCGAACGACUGGACGCUAUCGUGGAGCUCCUCGUUCAUCACCGGUAG